UCCAUUCGGCGCAUAGCAGAUAUAUCUGUAGUCAAAGGCAUGUAAAAUUUUCACGGACACGUGUUUUUACCCAGUGUAACGUCUUUGUGGUUCUGUUUCAAUUUGUAAUUUUCCCUAAAUAAUCUCGAUCUCUGUAAUGCCACGCUUUGUUGUCAACGAGUCCGAAGAUGAGUACGAGCCGAAAACUGUAGGUCGCAGAACCCGACUAGCAUCGGCGGCGACAACAACAGACUCUCCUGUGAGACGCAGCACCAGGAUCAGGCAAGGAUCUGUAAACCCCGAUGGUUCGUCUCCAGAAAGUACUACCGGUGUGGCAGUUGCUGUGACUCGAACCACUCGCAGGCGUGCAGCUGCCGCUGUUGUAGAAACGGCAGUGCCUGAACCUGCUAAAAACUUGAGAUCUCGUAAGAGUUCGGUAUCCUCAAAUAUCAGUGAAUUACUUGAAAGCGAAUCCAACCCUGCCACUCCCAAGUCACGAUCGAAUAACCGACAAUCGAUCAUAGAUGAUGCAUCAGAUGAAUCCAGACCUAAAACAAGACGCAGAUCAAGGGCUACAUCGGAAUCCAAAUCUCCACCACUGGCACGAACUACCCGCAGAACAAGAGCAACUUCGAUUGAUCCAGAACCGAACAUUGAGCGAUCAACUAAAGGAGCAACUCAGCCAAUUACCCAAGCAGCCACACCUACUAAACGUCGACGGACAUUGGUUUCUGUUCUCCCAACUGAACCAGUUCUUCCAGAAGAACCGAGUGAGGACAAGAUGGACGAUGUAUCGGAAGAGGUGGAGAAUCAAGACAGUCCUGAGAAAAGCACCACCAAGCCAUUUGGAUCUCCGUUUGGUGGGAUUCAGACAUUGUCAAAAGAUGAGAUCUCGGUGCAGCAAUCUUCCAGUUUGAGCAAUAUGAGUCCAACUGAAAAGUCGCCGAAUGGAUCAUCAGGGAUAUCACUGUCAAAGGAGGAUAUCGAAAUACUUGAGGUCACGCCCGAUGAGGAAUCAGUUCUGCUCCAAUCGCCUCGUCAAUCCCAGUCGGGUGAUACCGUCAACAUCACAAAUGCAGUUGGAAAUUCUGCCACAAAAAUAAAACAACACUCAACAGAUAGAUCCAAAGAAUUAGGAAUUGAAAUAGAGGAUUUGCUCAACAAGUCUACAGAGGAACAAGAAAGUAGUCCCGGUAAUAAGGAGAACCAAAAGAUAAACAUUGCUCCUGAAAAAUUUAAAAAAAGUUUAGAGUUCACUGUUGCUGACACGAGUGUUGUGAGAAGACAUAGCUCCACACCAACUCUACGUAAGUCUCUUGAUAAAAAGGCUGAUAUUGGGUUAGACGAGCGAGUCUUGUCUAAAUCACGGCAUACGAUUGGCUCAACAUAUUUGACGCCAACAAACAAUCAUCGGAGAAAAUCUAGGAGAUCAAUAGAUGCCAAAGAUGAUGAAUCUGUUGGUUCUACUAUGAGCGUUCAGAAGUUCACCCAAGAAAAAAAAUCAAAUCACAGAAUGUCGCCACAAAUAAUUCUCCAGAACUUAGUAUUGAGUGAUGAGAUGAUGCAACGCAAUACGGAGCUUUCCGACGUUGAACGCCGGAGCUCUAAGACUAGCAGCUGCGUAAAAUUGGAUGAAACAGUCGUCGAAAAUGAAAUAACCGAGGAUUUCAAGCUUUAUCAUUCUGGGGAUAGCUCCGACGAGGCAAAAAGCGAAUUUUGUCUAAAAGACAAUGACGACAAUGGCUGUGUUGAAAAAUCUGCAUACUUAGCGGAAACUUUGGAUGGUGAUUCGAGCUUUAAGAAAUCAGAGAAAAUUACACUCGAACAAGAUUCUGAUUCAAAUGCGGAUAUCAACAACGGAGAAACUUCUGAAAAGUCCACUCCAAAAUCACAACUCUUGAAGAAUGUUGAUUGCGAAGAGAUUGAAAAAGUUAAAGGAAAAUCGCCGUCGACAAUGCGCGUUCCUCUAACAGUCGUAAACAAACCUACCGAGUCAUAUGCAGAUGUCUCAUCAAAUAAAUCAGAGUGUGAAGUUUCACGAAAAUCAGAACCCUUUGUACCCCAAAAGGAAGUCCGAUCAAACCCCGAGAAUGAAAUUAGUGACAAUGAUGCAGAUAUGUGUGCAGACACUACGGAACAAUCCAGUGAUACAAAUAAUACUCCGAUGUCAUUUGUUGGAAAACGGCUUUCACCGCGCCGUGACGCAUCAAUGAAUAGCAAGGAUAAUAUUUUAAAUGAGAAGGGCUCCAGAGGGCAGACUGAUAGUCGUAUUUCAGAUAUUGACUGUAAUUUGGCAGUGUCCGAUUUGUUUCAAAACAUUUCUACUGCAGAAUGGAAUAAAAAACCUAAGAGUCCUGCUGCGAAAAACAGAUGGUCUGUGGGCAACAAAAGUCUAACAGCAGAAGUCUCAUCACCCACUGCAUCAAAGAGAGUAUCACAAAAUGAGACUGAAUUCAACACUGUACUAUCGCCGAGGACUGAGAAAUCGCCACAGAAAUUAGCUGAUGAAAAACAAAACCAGUUCAAAUAUUUGAAUGAUGGAGAUUCCAGCUCUUCAGCAAGUAUGACAUUGAUAAUAGAUGAAUCUGUUUCAACUGAAGGUAAAGAUAUUGUUACAAUGAGUGAUACUUUGAGCAAAAAAAUUAUUCCAGCACUGAAAAGUGAAGAUAGUGAUAUGAAUAAGAUGAUAACUGGCACAAAAGUGUCACCAACAAAGAGGAAAUCAGUGGAUGUAUCUGCAAAAUCCAUCAAGUCAAAAAAUCUCUUACAAAUAUGCGAUACGGAGAGUGAAGAUGAAUCUGUACCUAUGAAUACAGAUGUUUUGGAAGAUUCAAUUACUCUGAAAAAUGAGAACAAAAGCUCUCCGUUCAAGUCCACGUCAAAGUUGGUUGAAACGGAGCAUACCGAUGAGCCGAUGCAUUCUUCUGAAAGUGAAGUUAAAGGCACAAAAAAAGAUUCUUCGAAUUCCAAGAGAAGGUCUUUGGAAAAAAAAAAUGAUACGUUGUUGGCCAACGUUAAGAAAUCGAUAACCAGAAACUGUUCCAUCACUGCUGUAGUCGAUUCCGAUUCAGCAUCGGAAAAUCUUACCGAUCCAGAUUGUUCGAAUUCGGUGAAUGAUGAAAGUCACUUAAUGCCUAGCUUCUUGUUCAAUAUCUCUACCAGCGAUGAAGAAGACAACUCUCAGAAUUCCAUAGACUCAGAUGUGGCUAGAGAUUUGAAUCUAGCUGGAGAUGACAAUAUUGAAUACUCUGAUGAUGAUGUUCCUGGAGACGAUUGUCGGGCUUCAGAAUCUGAGCAUUCAAAUAUGGAUGAUGAUGGAUCUGAUCUCGAUGAUUUCAUUGUCAAUGAUAAUGAGGUGGAAUCAUCCGAGGAUUCUGAGGAUGAGGAAAAUGAUGUUAAAACCAAAGAUUCCACCACAUUCAAGAGAAAGAGAAUUCUACAACCAACCGAAUCUGACAACGAAACUGACAGUGACCCAGAUAAGGAAGUUGACGCUGAUGAUCUGCAAAUAACUAAAAAUGAAAACAAGAGUGAAAAACAGAAACGGAAGUCACUCAACAAAAGUGACAAUUCUAACGGUUCAAACACGAUUGAAGAACCGCUCAUGCAAUUCUCACAGUCUCCCCCAUCUGAAAAGGUUCCGAGCAAAUUAAAUUUCUCCCAAGACUCCAACAAAUCCUUAUCGAGUACCAAAAGCCGAAAGGUAAACAUGAUGGAAGAUUCACAAAGCGAACUUGAUCACUCUUUUGGAGAGCUUGAAAACAAAAGUGACAAAAAAUUGAGGAAAAACUUGAAGUUAUCAAAGUCAAUGUUGGACAUGACAGUAGAUUUGUGUACACCUAACAGUCAAGAAACGGGAAAAAGUUCAUCAUCCGAACCAGGUAGUUCUAUUGGUAAGAAAACUAUCACAAAGUUGAGAAAGGCAUUGGUAAAAGAUUUGGAAACUUUGACACCUGAGAAGAUUGAAGGUGAUGAGCAAGAAACAACUGUAGGCAGAACUCCAAAGAACGAUAAGAGAAGUCCAAAGAAGAUCACUCCGAAAUUAGCAGAGCAAAAUAAGAGAGAUUCGAUACAGAUUAUACGAGAAAUUGAGAAUUUGAAAAUAAAGACUCCAGGCCGCAAUAGAAGCAUGGAUCCUCCCAACUCUGAAACUCCAGUAACCAAGUUCUUGCGUAAGGAAAAAUUAAAUGAAAGUUUACCUGUGCUGGAACUUGGAAAAAAAACCAAAGCAUUUGUAAAUAGCCAAAAACUAGCUGAAAUGAACGAAGAGGAGCAAGAAGGUGGUGAUGAUUCUCGUACAGAAAAUGGUGAAAAGAUUGCGGAUAAUUAUGAGAAUAACGAGGGAGUUGCGAAUGAAAAGGAUUAUGACACAGCAGAAUCGAACGACGAAGUUACCGGGGACAAAAGUGAUAAAAACGACGAUAAAGAUGAUGAAACAGAUGAAGAGCCUAAUGAAAUUGAUAAAGAUUCCGAUGAUGAGGAAGAAGAUGAAAUUGAAAGUAAUGAUGAAGAAGACGAGUCUAGUGAAGAAGAUUAUGAUGCACUGAAAAGUGAGGCAAGGGUGAAAGGGCGGCCAGGUAGUCUUGGGUCCAAGAAAGGACACACGGAAAAACAGGCUGCUGCAGAGUUAGGAAAUGAUGGAAAAAGUACCCCUAUACCGGAUAAAAAAAGUUCAAUCAAAAAUCAAAGCAAAGAUUCUGGGAGUAUUCUGCCCAAUGAACAGCAAAAUGAGUUUGACAAAAGUAGUAUUGACUCAAAGAAAAGUCGUAGCCUUUCGAGUCCUGCUACUAAUUCGUUAAACGAGAGAAAACGUUCCAGAUUAGAGUACAGCGACACACCUGUGGACUUGUUUAAGAUUAAGAAAAUGAGAACAGUCUCACAGAAAAAUACACCACAGUUGAAUAGCUCUGACUCAGACGAAGGACCUGAGAUCAUAGGAUUCAGCGAAGCUCGUACGGUGGCUUUGGAAACCAUGAAGAAUGUCACUGCUAGUUUACAGGCGGCAAAAGAAGUGAGAAAGAAAAAAUGCAGGGAUCGAUUGGAGAAAGUUCGAAAGCAACAAGAAGCUAAGGCAGACAAACUAUCCAAGCAGCAAGAAACUACUAUGCCUAAAUUAGAGAAGAAUAAGCCUAAGAGGCUACCGGAUAACUUCCUAGAAACUUUGUCAGAUGUACAUCCAGGUCCAACAAAGAAACGUAAGUUGUUGAAAAAAGAGGAACCAGCAUUCUGCCCCUCUAAAUAUCAGUUCAGCCCUGGUAAGUCGACGAAAUCUAUUAAAGUCAAAUCUAAGGUCACUUCAGUCAGUACUGUCGGCAGUACAACGCAGUUCAGCGUGGUAAAUCUAAAAAAAGUUGAAGCGAAACCAAAAAAGGCUGCAGCAGUUGCAUCUUUUCGGGAGAAAAUGUUGGCGCGAAACCCUAGAGAGCCGGCGUCUGCCUUUGCAGUGCAUCGAGCCAAACUAAAAGCUUCUGGACAACAUCUGAUUCCCCAGAAGAAGGCGUAAAACUUGUAAAAAAUCCUGUCACAUUUGUUUUUCUUUUUACAGCAUAUUGCAUCGUUCGAAAGAAAUUUUGCGUGCACGAUUUUUAUAUUAGUUAUAUUGCGAUUUCUUUGUCGUAAGUAUCAUAUGCGUGUUAGUUUUAUUCAUUGGAGCAUGUCAGCACUAGCGUGUGGCUUUUCAAAUAGAUUUCCACGCCGAUACGGUGAAUAAAAAUUCCUUGCAUUUUGUCAGCAAGAAAAUAAUCAUGGACAUUUUGUCAAUCGAUACGCUGUGCCAGGCCAAUAUCUUCUAUCCGCCUAUUUCUCGUGACGCGAGAAAGUAUUCGAGAAUGAGAAAAAAAACUCACCAUUGCACGGUCAAUUCGGCAGGUCUUUAGUACGAAUGAUUUGUAAAGUCGCAUUUAUUUUCAUGGGACUGUAACCAGUGAUUACUUUAUUCAUUCUAAGUUGUUGGUCUGUAAAUUUGAUCCUAAAAUUUAUACCGAUGUGUUAAUACGGUGUUUGAAUGGUGCAGAUUUAACAUGUUCUUGUAAGCCCACGUGGCUGGCUGGUAAUUAAUAAACAAUACGAUAUUUUUGAA